AUGUCACUGAACCCUUUUACCAACUGCAGUCGACGUAGCUGCCCUUUUGAAGCUCAAACACCCGAGCUGCUGCCGGUGAAAACAGAGAAGGCGGCCGCUUGCUAUGUGGACGAGGUGCGGAGGACUGAAGGUUAUGAGCCCAAGCGGUUCACUGGGCAGAUGAGUGAGUUCCAUAGGAGAAGGGCCACCAAAGAAGAGAUGGAGCAGGGUCAAAAGGAGAUAAGACUAGCUGAUGAAAGAAUGAAAACAGAGGCUGAGAGUAGGGGUGAGAUGCCUAUACAAAACGGACCUGAAGAAAAACCUGAGGAUGUUGUAGAAGGGGAAACGUCUCCACCGAAAGAGGGUAAGAGAGAUGAACCUCAAAGAGGUACCCCUGCAAGGAAUUCCAAUCAGGGUUCAGGUGCCAAAGCGUUGUUGCCGCCUACACAACCUCCUCCUGAUCCUCCUGCCCUUUCUCUACGUCAAGAGGUGGUGAACUCCCUUGAGAAGAAUACGCCCGCCGACAAGGGUGAAGGCAACUUCAAUGGUGGACCUUUGAUGAGGGAGAUUGCAACUCCCCCUGAACAACAAGCAGGAGAUGAUGCAACCCAAGUGCAAGGGCAAUCCAUGGCACCUCCGUUGUUCACCGAGGAGCAGCUGAGAAACUUUGCUGCACUGCAGGGACAAGCCGCAUGGAUGUAUGGGCCCCAACAGUCGUUUUUCAAUCCAAUUGGUUUUUCACGUCCUUCAUUUUUGGAUGGAGAUGCAGCCAGAGCUUCAGUGAGUCAACAUGAAAGAGACAUGGAGUUUCUGAGAAUGCAAGCAGUGAGAGACCGAGAGGAGAAAGACGAAUGUAGAAGGCAGAUUCAACUGUUGGUAGAAGAGAACCGUCAGUUGAGAGCCAGGUUUGAAAGUGCUAGCAAGAUGCAGACUGAGGAUGAACCUAGGUUUGCGACUCCUGAGGAACAGCCGGAUCAGACCAGCCCAGGUUUCGACAUGGAUGUGGAUUGGUUGAAGCGGCGAAAGGAGGCUGACAGACCCCCAUCAAAGGAGGCUGACAGACCCCCAUCAAAGGAGGCUGACAGACCUCCAUCAAAGGAGGCCGACAGACCCCCAUCAAAGGAGGCUGCCAGACCCCCAUUCCUACCUGAGGCUGCAGAGUUCAAAACCCCCAAGGAGGCUGCCAGACCCCCAAAGGUGGAAGCAUCACAGCGUCCCCAAGAAGAAGGAAGCCGAGGUGCACCUGGUGGAGGGAAUGCGCAGUUCACUGAGAAAUCUUUGGAGUUCAUGGUGAUUAUGAUGGAAACUAUGAAGGACCUACACAAGAAGGUCAACGAGACAAAGGAUGGUCCCCUCCAGUUGGGAGAUUGGCUUCUGACUGUGGAGCCGAUCAUAGCUGAUUUGUCAGCAACUUCAGAAGUGUGGUGGUCGCUGAUGGUGAAGUCUGCAGAGCAGUGGUACCAGAAGCACAUGAUGAUGCCCCCACUAGAUCGAGUUCAACAUGAAGUUCAACCGCCCCCAGAGGUCACCUUGGAAAAAUGGUCCAGGUUGGAAAGAAGAACGGCAUCGAUGCUGCUUCAAUCUGUGCCGGAGGUGGUCAAGGAGGAGUUGGUUUCAGCUCGACGGCUGAGCGUUUUUGGGAUUUUGACGCAACUGCUGUUGACGUAUUGCCCAGGUGGCGUCUUGGAGAAGCAGACAUUGCUGAGAAGUUUGGAGGAGCCAACAGAGGUCACCACGGUGGGCGAGGCUCCUGCUGCAAUACGUCGGUGGCUACGUUGGAAGCUGCGGUCCCAGGAGAUCGGUGCAGUGACCCCAGACCCGGCACUGUUGUUGAAAGGUCUGAACAAGUUAACACGCCGAGUCCUGGAGUCCAACAAAGAACUACAAUUCAGGGUCAGCCUGGCCCGAAAUUCCCUUGGUGUGGAUACGAGGCCGACCGACACCACAGUCAGCCAGUUUGCCACGCACCUUUUGGCUGAGAUCGAACAAGUUGCUCUUUCCGAAAAGAGGGCCACUGCUGCAAUGCCAAAGAGCGAGGUGAAGAUCAAAUACUUGGAUGCAGACAAGAACAAGCCAAAGACCAAAGAGAGGCCUACAGAGGAGGACAAGCCGAAGCCAAAAUGCAGGUUUUUUCUCACAGAUGCUGGUUGCAAAAGGGGAAAGGAGUGCACGUUUAGCCAUGAUGUCAAAGAUGAUCGUCGCAGGUGUUACAACUGCGGCAGUGUGGAUCACCUUUCACCAAGUUGCACCAGGUCAAAAGGCGCUUCUACUGAAACAAGCCCCAACAAGCCAAGGGUUGCCAAGGCCGAGGGGGAGGAGCGCAAUGUGACUUCACCAAUGAAGGAGUCAGAGACUGGAAGCCAAUCUAGUCAAGGGGAGGCAGUGAAGGACUUGCUGGAGGAGGCCAACCGGAUGUUGAAGUCUCUGUCGAGCUCUUCCAACACUACUGCUUCUACAACCUCUUCGACGUCUGAAGAAGAGCGAAAAGAUGUGAUGGAGCGCCUUCAUCAGCAGUUGAAGUCGAUGAAGACGUUCAAGAUGAAGAGACUCAAUGUUGGGAAUGAUGUUGGACUUGUGGAUUCAGGUGCAACACAUCCACUUCGUCCUAGACAUGAAGGCGAGAAUGUUGAUUUGUACCCAGUGGUGGAGGUGGCAUUGGCAGAUGGAAGGACGGUGAGGUUGAAAAUGUCCCCUGGAGGUGCUAUGAUAUCACCUUCACCUGCCAUCGAGCCUAUCAUCCCUAUGGGCUUGUUGUCGCAGAAGCUGAACUGUGACAUUUCCUGGAAGCAAGGAUCUAUGCAGAUCCACCAUCCUCUGAGAGGAGAAAUCAAGGUGAUGAUGAAGGGAAGUUGCCCCCAUGUCGCCAGAUCUGAGGCUUUGACGUUGAUUGCGGAGCUGGAGGACAUCAAGAUGGGCAUUCCCAAUGAGAUUGGAAGUUUUGAUGCGGAAGUGGCAUGGCUGAGAAAGCUGGUGUCGCAGCAUCCAGUGCUGUCUUCACUCCCAGAGCACAUCAAGGAGCGGCUGGUGGUGGAGCCUGGAACUUGGUCUGAUCUUCCAGGCAACAGACACUCAAGAAAGCGCUGGAAGAGGAGUGGCUUAGCAGUUCAUUUGUAUGCUGGGCCAGAAACAGGGUUCACUUUGCGGCAUGCCAUCAAACAGCUGGGUGGUUCUGUCGAUGCCUUGUUGGAAGUUGAUGUUCAACGAGGAGAACAACAUGACAUGCUGUCGGACCACGCAGUUUAUCGUGGUCUGUUCCAUACAGGAGAGAUUGUCGAGUAUGCCAGGUAUUUUUUGGUUGGAGUUUUGACCUGGAGGGUGCCAAAGGGGAGUGACAAGAUGCAGAACCCCUCUGAAGAAGCAGCUUCCGAAGGAGCUCCUGAGAUUGAAGAAGGAGCUGAGGAUCCAAAUCCACCGGGCGAGGACGGAUUGGAAGCUGAGGAGUUGCUUCCAGCCCAGCUCCCUGGUGAAGCGCCGGCUGAAGGAGAGCCUGGCGACGCCCCUGGUGAGGACGGGUUGGAAGGUCAAGCUGAUCUUCCAGUCCAGCUCCCAGGCGAGGCGUUUGGACCCCCAAAUUUGGAUGAGGUCACAGAAUUGAGAAGGUUCAGAAUGGCCUUGCCGAUGGGUUCCAAAAAGGCGAGAGACGUGGUGAACACGGUGAUGGAGUUUGUGUUGCGGCUGCGGACGGAAGGGUUCCAUGUGGGCCGCAUCCAUUCAGACCAAGGACAUGAGUUCGCUGGCGAGUUCAAGACAUGGGCCCGACAGCGUGGGAUCUACCUCACCAAAACACCAGGUGAUGAUCCAGCCGCAAACGGCAGAGCUGAAAUGGCGGUGAAGGACUUCAAGAACCAGAUCCGCAGAACGUUGAGGCAGGCCAGUGAAGAUGCGAAAUGGUGGCCAUGGGCUUUGAGGUACGUCAAUGAGGUGUACCGAUGUGUCCGGAUGGAGACAAGACCAAGUUGGCCGAGGUUUUUGGAAGAAGUGAGAGUCCGAAAGCGGACAUGGAGGCGGGAUGACCUGGACCCCAGAGUGGAGAAGGUUCAGUAUCUAUGCCCUUCAGUGGAAAACCAUGGUCAUUGGGUGAUCAAAGAAGGCGAAGCACCACGCCUGACGCGCUACAUUUUGGCGCCCACCAUUGAGCCGGAGGAUGAGACGGUUUGGAUUGCGGUGGAAAGAGAAGGGCGAGAUGCACAAGAACAACGACGCCGAAUCAGAGGCAGAUCAGCAGUGAGGAGAAUGGAUGCCUCAGUUGCAGAUCCUGAGGAGGUGCUGGAAGAAAAAGAAAAGGCUGAAGUUCAAAGGUUGAUGAAGGUGGUGGAAGAUGAAAUGCAGUCCAUCAUCAACGACGACCCAGAUCUGGCCGCCGAGGAAGUCAGAAUUUUGGGAAGGCUGAGAAAAAUGGCUGAAGUGAAGGAGGAUGGAGAUGAGAGCGAGGUGGAGUCCCUGACCAUUGAGAAGGCAGCCUUGAAGGAGCUGUCAAAGGAUGAAGUCAAAGCGUUGAAGAAGAAGGCAGAAAAGGAGGGUAAGAAGUUGGAGAUCAUACCUUCCAAACUGGUGUUCACUGUGAAACCUUCCCCAGACCACAAAGAAGGGAAAAAGAAAACCCGGUGGGUUGUUUGCGGAAACUAUGAGGAGAAGAAAGAGGGGGAGGAAAACUACUCAGGUGGUGCAGAUGCCACAUCUUUGAGGUUGCUGGCAUGGAUUGCAUCCCGCAUGAAGUGGGCCGGAUGCAUCCUGGAUGUCAGAACUGCUUUCCUCAACGCGCAGAUGGAACAGGAGCCGGAUGAGGACCUUCUUUUGGUCCAGCCACCCCACAUCUUGAAGGAGAUGAAGUUUCUGGACCCGGACACACUGUACCUGCCAUUGAAGGCAGUGUACGGCUUCAGGCGCUCACCAAAGCUUUGGGGUCUUCAUCGAGACAAAACGAUCAAGACCUUUGACAUCAAGGUGGUCAUUGAUGGCCGCUGCGAAAGCCUGGAGCUGAAGCCGAUGGAGUCAGAGCAGAACCUAUGGAAGGUGGUUGUGGUCAGAGGAGGCUUCCAAGAGGCAGAAGAAGAAUGGAUCUCAAACGGCCGAGUCAUUGGCCUUGUGAUGACGUAUGUCGACGACAUUUUUAUCGUCGCCGAGAAGCAGGUGGCGAAGUCAGUUGCUCAGAAGUUUCAAGAGACCUGGGCGACCACACAACCGGAGUGGGUUGGCGAGACACCAGUGAGGUUUUUGGGCCUGGAGGUGACUUGCCACCAAAUCGAGGGGGAGGAGAAGGUCCAAUGGUGCCUUUCACAAGAGGCAUACAUCAAAGACUUGCUUGGGCGCUAUGAGGAGGAGGGAAAACCACGAAAGCUCCCUAUCACCCGUGACCAAGCUUCGAUGCCUCCAGAUGUGAUUCCCCCUUCGCCAGAAGGAGUCAAGUUUUCCCAGAAGGUCAUCGGCGAGUUGCUUUGGCUGGUGACCCGAAGCAGACCAGAUUUGAUGUUUGGAGUUUCCAGGAUGGGGGCCAACGUUUUGAAGGCCGCCAACUGCAUCAAGGACACAGCAGCACAAAUGAGGUCCUAUCUCAGGAGAACUGCAGGUGAGGGCCUACAGUACAAGCAGAAGAUCGAUGACCCGAUCACGCUGUAUGUCUACUCAGACUCCAGCUUUGCACCCGAAGCAGAUGAGUCCCAUGGAUCGUUUGUGGUUAUGGUGAACGAUGGGUUGAUGUUUUGGAGAAGCGGCAGGCAGGGCACAAUCACCUUGAGCACGGCCGAGUCAGAGUUGAUGGAGCUCGUUGAGGCGAUGAUUGCCGGCGAGUCAGUUUACGUCGUGCUGGCAGAGCUGUUUGGUGAAAUCUCAAAGGUGGCAUUGUGCGAUUCGCAAGCUGCACUGGCCAUUUUGGUUGCUGAGGGCGGAAGCUGGAGGACAAGACACCUCAGGCUGAGGUGGGCGUUUGCUCGCCAAUCUGUGCUGCGUGGUGACUGGCAGGUGGGUCAUGUCCCUGGUGAGAAGAUGUUGGCGGACCUGGGCACAAAAGUUCUGACCUCAUCGAGGAUGGAAACUUUGAAGCAGAUGAUGGGCAUGGGAGUUGCUCAGCCCGAAGAAAAAGGUGUUGAAAUGGAGAAGGAUGAGAAAAAAGAAAAGGAGAUCAAGACCGACUCAAAAUCGGUCGCCACCAUGGCCGUCAAGCUCAUCACGAUGGCGGCCUUGUUGUCAGUGUCAAAGGCUCAAGGAGAUGAAGAAGACGAUGAACCAGCAGGUGACUUCCACAACUUUAUGGUCAUCUACACGGUGCUGAUCAUUCUGACCACGCUGAUGGUCCAAAUCCUGUGGAAGGUGUGCGGACCCGUGGAAAGACCACGGCAUCUGCCCUCGGCUGCUGGGUCGUCAAACCAGCCAAGCCCCGCUGAGGACGGGUUGGGGAUGGAGGAGGGAUCCCCAGUCCAGCUCGCGGUGGCUGAGCAGCGACGCGCCGGUGAGGGCGGGUUGGGGCAGAGGGCCUCAGUCCAGCUCCCAGCUUCGGCGGGUGAGGGCGGGUUGGAGGGUCAUGCUGAUCCUCCAGUCCAGCUCCCGGCUGCGCCUGCAAAAGCUCCCCCGCCAAAGGAGGGACCAAAGGCCCCGUCAAAAGCGGGCCAAACACCAAAGGCCCCACCAAAAGCGGGCCCAAAACCAAAGGCCGCACCACAAAGUGGCCCAUCAGCUUCCAGCUCCUCAAGUGGAAGCACAUCAAGCAGUAUGACAGGCCGAAUUGAGACGGCGAUUCAAGACAUUGCGUAUGAAGAGGCAGCCCUGUGGGACCAUUUUGGGAGGCAGGGCGACUUUCCAGGAGUGCCAGAAGAUCAUAGCAGAGCAGAACUUGGAUUUCAGGUGUUGAGGACGCCAUGUGGAACAGUGUAUCACGAUACACGUGGAUGCACCCAGCUUCAAGGACCACGAACUGGCUAUGCGAGACCGUUCACAUGGUGUGCCUUGUGCCGAGAGGUUGCGAUGCGCACCCGUGGAAGACCAAUCCCUGAAGUCCGCUGCUUUUACGAAUGGGCGAUCAGACCGUCCAUACUGAUCGAAGAUGCCCGAGAGCACGA